CAUACUUUUGCUCGCCAAGUGGACUGUAUCCUCUCUCCAUUGCAGGAGCAUCGCUCUAGGGUUUGUUAAGAAGUUUGAUUGUACUUGUCACUACCAGGAUGCAAGGUGCAAUUCAAGCAAUCCGAUCACAUGGAAACUUUCUCAGAAAUGCAGUUCUGCAACACAUCCGUGUAGUGGAUCCAGUCAUGCGGCCUGCUAUAUGUUCACGCUUUGAGUCAGUGUCCUCUGCUCGAUUGGAAGAGAAUGGUUUUGAAACCACAACAAUUUCAGAUGUUCUAAAAACCAAGGGUAAGGGUGCUGAUGGUUCUUGGCUUUGGUGCACAACUGAUGACAUGGUUUAUGAUGCUGUAAAAUCGAUGACACAGAACAAUGUUGGAGCUUUGGUGGUGGUGAAACCAGGGGAGCAGAAGUCAAUUGCUGGAAUUAUUACUGAAAGAGACUACCUCAGGAAGAUCAUUGUUCAAGGAAGGUCAUCCAAGUCAACUAAGGUUGGAGAUAUAAUGACUGAGGAGAACAAGCUUAUCACAGUUAGACCUGAAACCAAAGUUCUGCAGGCAAUGCAACUGAUGUCAGAUAAUCGCAUCAGGCAUAUUCCUGUGAUCAAUGAUACAGGGAUGAUAGGCAUGGUGUCCAUUGGAGAUGUUGUUCGGGCAGUGGUGAAUGAAUACCGGGAGGAGUUGGACCGCCUGAAUGCAUACAUACAGGGGAGUUAUUAAACACAAGAUACCAUAUUACUACUUGGGCUGCUGCUGCCGUUUCUGAUGAUGAUGAAAGAUGUUGAUAUAGAAUCAUGAAACUAUGCUCUCUUAGAGUUUCUGGUAUUUGGUAGACCGUCAAUGAAUGCUUGUAAAUAGUGUGCCUGCUGCUGCUGCUGCUGCUUCGUCUCCUGCUGCCAUUUAUCUGCUACAACUUUGCUGAAUUGCUGAUGUAUAAAACGGUGAAUAAUAAGCAACUAAUAUAAUGGAAGCAAGCUGAUGAGGGACUUUGUAUUCCUUUAUAAACUUUCUAUUCUCGUUUGAUGGCCAUGCUGAGGUCUCUACCUGAAACGUUUUGGGUUGA